UCCUCCUAUUGGCUGGCGGCGGCAGGAAGCGACCUGCGGGGUGAAGGGAGUCCAACAUGGAAGAGUUUAAAGAUGCAAGUCCACCUGAAGAAUUACUUGAUCACUUAAAGCUUUCUGAUCAGAAGUCUUCAGAGACUGACCCCAAAGAUGCACAGAAUCCCCAAAAUAUUGAAAGUGGAUAUGCACCAUCUUCAGCCAAAGAUCCCACAGCAGAUGAGUGUUUCCAUGACUGUCACGACUCCUUUGAGGCAAAAGAACCUAUGCUGGAUGAUGAAGGGAAUUUACAGAAUGAUGAGAAUAGCUCAAGGAAGCAGACAGAACUAGAUGAAGAAUACUUACUAGAACUAGAAAAAGACAUGCCAGAGGAAGAAAAACAGAAGAGAAGAAAGGAGAGCACAACGCUGAAGGAGAAAGGAAAUGAGCAGUUCAAGAAAGGAGACUAUGGAGAGGCAGAAGGCUCUUAUACGAAGGCUCUGCAGAUUUGUCCAGCCUGCUUCCAAAAAGAUAGGGCUGUUUUGUUUUCAAACAGAGCUGCUGCAAAAAUGAAACAGGACAAGACAGAAGCUGCCCUAAGUGACUGCAGCAAAGCAGUGGAAUUAGAUCCUAACUACAUUAGAGCUUUACUGAGGAGAGCAGAACUAUAUGAAAAAACAGAAAAACUAGAUGAAGCUCUGGAAGAUUAUAAGGCAGUCCUAGAAAAAGACCCAUCAGUUCAUCAAGCCAGAGAAGCUUGCAUGUCAUAUAGCAAAACACCAGUACCGUGUAAGGAUGGAAGAUGUCACAGCUGUUCUAGGCAUAAAUGGGAAUCUCACAUCAUUAGGAAUGCAGACCAUGCACGAUUACCUAGACAAAUUGAAGAGCGGAAUGAAAAAUUAAAGAAAGAAAUGUUAGGCAAACUGAAGGAUCUUGGGAAUUUGGUUCUCCGCCCCUUUGGCCUGUCAACAGAAAAUUUCCAGAUAAAACAGGAUUCAUCAACUGGUUCAUACUCCAUCAAUUUUGUUCAAAAUCCAAACAACAAUAGAUAACAUUAAUUCAAUCUAGUUCUGCUGGCUUUCAGGCUUCGUGACCGUGUGCUUGCACGUACCAAUAAAAGGAUUCAGCAAACAUUCUUCACACUCCCCAAGUGAAGAUAAGACUCAAGCGUAUUCAUUUCCCUGCUUGUGAAAUUAUCUACAAUAUGGAUGUAAAGCAAGUCAUAUGACUUCUCUUAGUGAUAACAGUGCCCAGUGUGUGAUUUAUUAUAUUUUUUUGUAAUUUUUUUUCUUCCCUUGUGGUGUUUGGCUUGUCCAACUGUCGGGCUCAUUAUUUUGGCCUGUUCAAUGCUGGCAACAAAAUUCUAGCAAGCAAUUCAGUUGAAUCAAAAUGCCGAUGCACCUGUAACCGAGAACCCAAGGUACCAUUAGGCUUUGGAAUUAAUGAAUCUAGCACUUCACCACACUCAGCAGGUGGAUAGGACUGACAGCAUGCAUGGAAGCAAGCCAGCCUCUUCUGUGGAAUAUUUUUUCUUUGUAAUAAAGGCUUGGUAUUUCUGUCA